AUGGCGGAUCAGACUGGUGCUGCUACGACUUUUGGGUAUCAGCCUUUGGGUACUUCUUUUAAUGCCAGAGGAGCAAGUGAUACCCCUGUAAUGGAACGAAUGGACGAAUGGGCUUUGAAGGUGUUGAUUGUGCUUUCUCAGUAUUUCUUGGUUGUGUGGCGUUGGCUGGCCAAACUGGUUGGGUGGGUAGUUCUCUGGGCCAUUCGGAUAUCUGUGAAAUGCAAUCCUUUGGAAGGCGUGGAUCUAACGGUAGGGCAAUCAGAGGAUGAUAAUGCCAACCAGGAGGAAGACUUUUAUGAUGCCAUUGCCAAUGAAUUUCCAUGUGUCAACGAAAAUUCUGAUGAGGAUGAUGAUGAAGAGGAUCAACCAUUGCGAGAGCAGCAGCCAGAUCAUCCCAGUGCUGGAGGUGAUUCCGUCUCGGAACUUCCCAUUGAACAAUUGGAGCUACCCGCCUUGCCAGCCCCCCGGGGAGCAUCGUCUUCCACGGCGGCUGUGAUUGUCGAAGAAGAGCCGAGUACCAGUCAAGACGAAGACGAUGAACCUCCACAACAACCAACAUCCCUGAUUCCCUAUCGUCCCUUCUCGGCUCCUGGGCUACAACUUCAGCCAUCACCCACUACUAUCGGUACUACUAUUCACCAGUCGGAUGCCUACAUUACGGAAAAUCUCCUCAUCACCUCCAGUAAUAGUCUGCAAAACAGGAAAAAUUCCACACAAGGACUCCCCAAACACAUGCUCAAAAAGCCACCUCCGUCACAGCAAAAGGAAGAACCCCACAGUAAUGACAACAACAAUCGUAAUAAGAAACGAAAACCACAAAACGGUGGCAUUCCCACGGAGAUUUUUACCCGUGACAAUCAAGAUCAUCGACCCCGGAGUAGAGCACACACCACACACGAGGACAGUGAUGAGGAUGAUCAGGAACCCACUCGGAAACAUCAUCGCAGAACCAGCACUCGCAAAGGACUCCUGUCCAGUAGCAGUGACGAGGACGACGAGGACAGCGAUAUUGGUGUUUCUCGUCGUAGUAGCCGCAACCGAAAAAACAAAAACAGAAAGACACCCAAACAAUCCAACAAAUCGAAGCGAGCUCGUCCUUCCAGUGACGACGACGAGAGCAGGGAAGCAUCGAAACGACAGAAAAGGCGUUCUCCGAGGAGUGAAGAAACCAGCCACAAUCAACUAUCGUCGUUCGCUUCCUUGGCCAGUCGACGAAAACGAAGUGCGUCUGUGGCUAGUAGUAGUCGAAGAUCCACCCGCAAAAAGACGCGUGUCAAUGAAGACGACAAUACGUCACGCCGAAAACAAAAAGCUCAGAGCCAUCGCUCCAGCAAGAACAAAAAGAGCCAAAGGAAGAAGGAUGAGAGCAGUAGUUCCGAGAGUGAUGACGACAGUAGUUCCGAGGAUGACAGUGACGACGACUCAUCGUCCAGCUCGGGUCCUCUCGAUUACAGCCAACUGCCCACACGCCCGAGCGAAUUGCCUCCGGCAUACACCAAGAAAAUUCAUGCCGUCGGAUUUGCCCCUUGGAAUCGCAAAGUGCUGCCUUGUAUGAUUGCCAGUCCGUUUGACUUUUUGGAGGAUUCCUCCUUUCAAAAAGUAUGGAUGACCACGGCGCGCAAACAUUUAAAAGAACACGGCGCACUGGAUGCGGGCGAAUUGCCCUACAUGGUGUACUGGUUCACGGACAAUUCCUAUGCCGUCGUUCCACCGAAAAAGUUUGUCGACUAUGAGGAUGCCGAAGAAAAAUGGAAGCAAAAACCCACCGCGUUGGUGCAGAAACUCCAACGGGGCAAGCCAUUGAAUCGGAGGGAAACCAUGGUCAUGGACGGGCUGGAAGAAGCGGCCGAAUCGGCGCAAUGUCCCGCCAAACAUCGGACGCAUCCGCAAUUGGAAAUGUUGCGGCAAUCACAGCAAAAGCGAAAAGCACGUUCGAGGCGACGACGAUAG